AUGGGCGAACCAAGGGUCAUUUUCCUGCAUGGUUUGGAGUCUGGAUGUGGUGGGAGGAAACAUUGCUUUCUUCAACAGCAUUAUGAGCACGUCAUUUGUGUGGACAUGCACAUGUCGCUCUUCAAUUUGGCAAAGCGGAAUGGUAUAGCUCGCAAUUGCUUGGCACAUGCGUUCAGCACUGCACCCUGGAAUUUGCUGGCCUGCAGCGUGCAGUUCUCGCUUGAUGGCUGCUUGCAGUGCCAAGCUGCAGAGUUGGCAAAGGCGAGUGAGACUGGUGGCGUGCUGGUUGGCAGUUCCUGGGGUGGUGCAGUGGCCGUGCUCGCAAUCGCCAAGGGCCUGUGGAAAGGCCCAGCGGUCCUCAUAGCUCCAGCUUACGGUGCAGCAGUUGGGCGUUCUGGCUGGCGUGAUCCAGCUUAUGCCCCGGCUGAGGUGUACGCUUCCAUGACCAGGAAUCUUGCUGAAGGUAGCUCGGGCCGUGUCAUCAUCGUACAUGGCACGAAAGAUGAUACAGUACCAAUCGCAGAUAGCAGAGCCAUGGCGCAAGCAACUGGGCUUGAACUGGUUGAGGUGGAGGACGGAGAUCAUGGCAUGAAGUGCUUGCUGGAGGGUACGCACCCGCGACUGAAAUCACUGAUCGACAAAGCUUGGAGUCACAAUGGCGGUUUGCCGCCCUCUAAAUAUUAA